AGUCCGUGCUCCCAGCAGCCCUCGCGCACGGCUGGGCUUUGCGGACACCGGGACUGCAAGAUGGCGUCUCUCGUGCCACUGAAGGAGAAGAAGCUUAUGGAGGUUAAACUUGGAGAACUGCCAAGCUGGAUAUUGAUGCGGAAUUUCACCCCCAGUGGCAUUGUGGGAGCCUUUCAGAGAGGUUACGACCGGUAUUACAACAAGUACAUCAAUGUGCGGAAAGGCAGCAUCUCGGGGAUUAACAUGGUGCUGGCAGCCUAUGUGGUUUUCAGCUACUGCAUUUCUUACAAGGAACUCAAACAUGAGCGGCGACGCAAGUACCACUGAAGAAGGGCCACCAUGAGGGGACUGCACACCUCUCCUAAGCCCAUCCGUGAAGAACUCAACUUUGGCUGGAUCUUCAUAUCCCAAGAACUAGUGUCCAAUAAAAGGUGACUGACUGGUCAUGUA